AAAGAGGGGAAAGAAGACACACCACCCAGCAACAUGACUGCACCCAGCAACACCUACGACGUUAUAGUGGUCGGCGCGGGCAUAUCAGGUUUGAGUGCUGCAAAGCUCUUGAAAGCCAGUGGGCUCGAUCCUGUAGUGUUGGAAGCCAGAGACCGGGUUGGUGGUCGUACCUUCACUGUGCAGAAUAAGGAGGCAAAGUGGGUUGAUCUAGGCGGUGCAUACAUUGGACCGACACAGAACCGCAUCCUCCGUCUGGCCAAAGAGUACGGCAUAAAGACCUACAAAGUCAACGAGCAGGAGAACUUGGUGCAUUAUGUUAAUGGAAAGUCUUACCCGUUCAAAGGCUCUUUGCCUCCCAUGUGGAACCCCAUCGCUUUGAUGGACUUCAACAACCUCUUUAGAGCAAUGGAUAAGAUGGGCGAGGAGAUUCCCAGAGAGGCUCCCUGGAGAGCUCCCCAUGCUGAGGAGUGGGACAAGAUGACCAUGCAGGAACUCUUUGAAAAACUCUGCUGGACCAGAACUGCUCGUCGCUUCGCCACACUGUUUGUGAACUUGAUCGUGACCGCUGAACCCCACGAGGUGUCGGCUCUCUGGUUACUCUGGUACGUCAAACAGUGCGGAGGAAUAAUGAGAAUCUGCUCCACCACCAAUGGAGGACAGGAGAGGAAGUUUGUAGGGGGUUCGAAUCAGGUGAGUCAGUGCAUGGCGAGGGAGCUGGGAGACCGAGUGAAGCUGCAGUCUCCAGUCUACAGGAUCGACCAGACCGGAGACAUGGUCGUGGUGGAGACUGUGGAUAAGCAGACCUACAAGGCCAAGUAUGUGAUCGUGGCCACACCACCUGCUUUGAAUCUGAAGAUGCACUUCAACCCUGAGCUGCCCCCGCUGAGGAACCAGCUGAUCAACCGUGUUCCCAUGGGCUCUGUCAUAAAGUGCAUGGUCUACUACAGAGAGAACUUCUGGAGGAAAAAGGGUUACUGCGGCAGCAUGGUGAUUGAGGAGGAGGGCGCUCCCAUCGGCUUCACCCUGGAUGACACAAAGCCUGAUGGGACUGUACCUUGUAUUAUGGGAUUCAUCCUUGCCCGCAAGUCCAGAAAGCUCUCAAGCCUGUCCAAGGAAGAAAGGUUGAGGAGGAUCUGUGAGAUCUACUCCAAAGUGCUGGGCACAGAUGAGGCUUUGCAUCCGGUGCACUAUGAGGAGAAGAACUGGUGUGAAGAGGAGUACUCUGGAGGCUGCUACACAGCCUAUUUCCCCCCAGGAAUCCUUACUCAGUUUGGCAGAGUGCUGAGAGAGCCGGUGGGCAAGUUGUACUUUGCGGGCACAGAGACGGCCACCGAAUGGAGUGGCUACAUGGAGGGCGCCGUACAAGCUGGAGAGAGAGCAGCCAGAGAGGUCAUGUGUGCGAUGGGUAAACUCCAACCUAAUCAGAUCUGGCAACCUGAGCCCGAGAACGAUGAAAUCCGGGCACUCCCGUUUGUCACCACCUUCUGGGAGAGAAACCUGCCUUCGGUUGAUGGUUUCCUCAAGUUCUUAGGAGUCUCCACAUUCCUGUCUGCUGCCGCCGCAGCUGGCCUGGUGGCCUACAAGAAGGGCAUCAUCCCCCGGAGUUAAACCACCCUGUCGUCUCACUCCUCCACAUCUCAAGGGAACACGUCUCAAUAGACACUUGUGUACUUCUAGUGCACUACUUUAUGGGCCCAAACUACAGAGUAGUGACCUACAUAGGGUAUACAUUGUUUUUUGAGAAACACCGUGAUGUAAGAAGGACUGCUCAGCUCAUGCAAAACACUAACACACUGUUACUCUGUCCACAAAUGAAAGAGAGAACGAAGCAGGUGAGAAGGGCCGACUGAAAGGUGUUUGAGAGGAGUGACGAAAGCCUAACUUCAGUUUAAAAAAUCCAGACUCAGAUUGUGAAACCAAUGAAGGAAAAAAGAUCAGAAUCAGUUCGUAAGGGGAAACCUACUCUGUCAUUAUUAUUAUCCCAUACACUGCCAAUGAAAUCCACUGUGUCGAUUAUAUGUGAGUUUUUAAAAGUCGCCAUGCUUACUGUGUGUAUGAGCCUCGUCUGUGUCGCGUGCUUUGGUGAGCAUGCAUUUGUGAGCGCGUUGUUGUCAAAGUUUCCGUACAAAGUGUGCGAGCGCGUGUGCAUGAGUUUCCACUGUGUGUCUAAUUACCUCUGCUGAUUUUAGGUGCUGAUUUAUUCUGGCCAAGCAGCUGUAGCUGUUUGAUGAAAUCCAGUGACUUCAGAAGAGAAAAGAGUCAGUAUAGUGACACUGUCCACAUAGAAAAUCACAGAGGAGGUUCAAGGACAAGUGGGGGGAGGGGCUUUUUCUGUCAGCAAAUCCCAUGAAAACGCAAAUGAAUAGUGAAUUUUAGCAUUGUCUUUGUAGCUAAAGCCAGAUGUGAGUCGCAACCCUAAAGUGAAUUGGUACUGCGUGAAAUGGGUUUCGCUGUUUCUCUUGAAUUUAAAAUUUAUUUACAUCCCAAAGCUCAAAUUAUGUGCCCUAAUAUGAAUCCUAAUAUGUAGCCUAAUAAUGUCAUAUUAGGGCACCAAAAGUGUAUUAUUCCCAAUGAGCGAUCUGUGCAGUUGAAGGCUGGCUCCAAUAGCGGGUUAGUCCUCACAGACUCCUGUGUUAAGAUGUCUAGGUUUCCACCUGAAAAGCCUGGUGCAGUCUUUGUAGCUAAUUGUCUCCUUCAUGGUAACUCCUUUCAUAUAAAUCCUCUGUUUAAACUAUAGUAAGUCUUAGGUAUCAGCAAACACAGGCUACCAAAUAUGCCCACCAAAAAUUAAGACGGUGCCAGUCUAAGUACUGAACCCAUAAAUUUAAUUGGUAAUCCAUAAACUAAUGGUGACACUUCUCAGUUAUAGUUCCUUGUUGUUUUUGUAUAAAUCGACCAGGAGUGACCUUGAAUGCUUCAGGCUUAUAGAAAAAAAAAACGACUGGUGUGCAUCAGAAGUUAGUGCGGGUGGUCUCUCCCUGUGCAACUAAACUUAUAAAAACCCAGAAACUGUUCUGAUUGCCUUCAAACCACAAUUUUAUUGAUAUAUGCUGAGGUGUCAAAACUCAUCAUCAAGGCUACAAAGGGGAUGUCGUCAGUGUCUCUUUAUGGAGUAAAGAGUUAAAGUUUAUCCAGACUGAACACAGAGCAGGUACAGAUGUUCAACGAAUAGUUAUGUUUUCUAUAUUUUUAAUCUUCAAGUAUACCAAAUUUUUCAUAGCCAUAGAUAAAAGUGUGCACGUUUUAUUAAUAAGAGCUCAGAAGUGAAGCUAGAAGGUGAAUGCAGCUUAGCUUUUUGUGACUUCUCAAACAAUCUAGUUUUUUCCUGUAGUUUCCCUCCUAUGUGUAUGCAAACUCUUACAGCACCAUGUUUAGUAGUUUCUCUUCAACAGGAACUCUAGGCUCAUGUACAUAAGCCAGGAAGUGGUAAGACAGACCAGUUCACUGUUAGUAUUUGUGGGAUUUGUUGACAGACAAAAAGAAAAACUCAUCCUAAGAAUGAGAAGAGUCAGCCUUAUUCUUUUAAUGGAAAUGUAGUGGUGUCCAGCUGCUAGUGUGGUAAUCUGUCGGUCAGUAUGACGGAAGUAUUUGAAUGUAUUUUCCUCACACUAGAUAAUACAUGCAUGGUGGUUUUGCUAAGGUAAUCACAUUUUUCACUUGUGUAUUUUUACCUUUUCACAUUCACACUUCAGAUAAACACAAUCCCACCGGCUCUAAGGCGUCCUUGUAACAAGUGUUUUGAUUUGUUUAGGAAAAAUGAAACUGUGUCUUUUAGACUGUGAAGGUUCUCAGUCAUCCAGGUCAUCGUAGUCAAACGAUGACCUUUUAGAGAAAACUUUAAAGAAAUGACAUUCGCGCUGUAAAACUGACUCGCUGCAGCAAAGGUUUAACUACUGGCCGCUCAGCAAGCAGUGGCACAGCAAUCAUGUGUCCGGGUAAAAUCAUGUGUCGGGGGUGUAGAUGUGAAAGCCAACCUGCUGCACAGUCCUCUGUGUGCAGCUCUUUAUGCCCAUCACAAGAAUCAUGCUGUUCUUGUCCCAAAGAUGUUUGUGAGUGUAGUUUAUCUGUUGUGCCUUAAUGGAAAUCGUAACAUUUUUGUCAUUUUAUCGCAAGUGCCUGUGACUCUGACACUCUCAGCCCUCAUCCCUCUUUCCCUCCCCCGCCUGCUCCGGAGGUGAGAGGUCAGAUGGACCAGGUCAUCGCUUCAAGGCAUCAUCUGCUCUCAUUAACAGGGGUCAGCACUGUGUUCAAGUGUAUCCGAAACCUUUCAUUUUUAAAGUUCCCCUUACCUGAGUUAUGUCCUCACUGCAAACUUGACUCAGGUAAAGCCGGGUGUAAAAACACAGCAUCAGAGCUCAGACUGUUGAGGUGAUCCCUCUGCUUAUCUCUGUGUCCGUGUGUGCUUUGUGUUGUGCCUGCAGCGCUUCUUCCCUGGUUGUGGUGUCCCUCUCCCGUCUGACCCUCAGUCCCAGUGCAGGUGUUGUGCAGUUCUAGAAGUAAUGAUUGAAUAAUAAUGUCGCUUUUUGAACCAUCACUAAAAGUGUUUGAGUUUAUGGUUGGCUGAACAAACAAAGCCAGCAAAUUCCAUCCACCCUGUAAAAAAACAACAUAAAACUACAGCACUCACAACAAACCAUCAGCAGACGUGAUGCAGCAGCGUUAUUCAUUAUGGGGUUUUUCUGGAGACACCCCCCCCCCUCCCUUUGUCCCUCUGUGCCUUCUUAACUAUUCCUGUGACCUGCUCUUUGAUGUCUUUGAUUCCUCAUACAAAGCUGAUGAUAUUUAACAAAAUGUGAAAUAAAUCUUUUAC